AUGGGUUUACUCUGGACGGAUAGGCCACGUUGGACCGCGGCGCAACAGUCGACUCCUGGCCAUGCCAACAUGUCAAAAGCAUCCACGUCCUCAUUGCCCCUCUACAAUGCCGCGGGCCUGCCCUCCAAGUCUUCGCGGCCCUCUUCGCCCAUGCUGCAGCCGCCAGACGCCAUCAAGCGCAGCACCACGCCCUCAUCAAUAACAUCCGCCCAUUCCCUCCUCUCGGCACAGGACACGGCCCACAAGCUCUCGACGUCGAUUACACAUGGCCUCUCUGCCUCGGACGCCUCGGCGCGCAUCCACACCCACGGCCUCAACGAACUUCCCCACGAAGAGCCCGAACCGCUGUGGCUCCGCUUCCUCAAGCAAUUCAAGGAGACGCUGAUUUUGCUGCUGCUCGGGUCCGCUGCUGUAUCCCUCAUACUGGGCAACUUGGAUGAUGCUGUGAGCAUUGCCGUGGCUGUGACCAUCGUGGUGACAGUGGGCUUCGUGCAGGAAUACCGCUCUGAGAAGUCAAUUGAGGCGCUGAACCAGCUGGUUCCGCAUUCGGCACACAUCAUUCGCGCUGGGGUCGAGCAACCGCGGAACGGUCGCAUACCGAAUGGCACGCCAACUGACGACGUCGAGUUGGAGAAUCUGAAGGACACCACUUCGGCCCUGUCAGCUGCGGAGCGGAAGUCUACUACCAUAUCUGCGACGUUGUUGGUUCCUGGCGACCUCGUCCUGUUCCACACGGGAGACCGCAUACCCGCCGACAUUCGCAUCACGCACGCCGCAGACCUCAGCAUCGACGAGUCGAACCUCACCGGAGAGAACGAGCCUGUCUCCAAGUCGCCAGACACCAUCACACCCCCGCCGGGCUUGCAACGGCCAUCUUCACCUUUCUACGCGUCCGAAGCCGCAGGAACGGUCGGCGCUGAUAUACGACUGAAUGACCAGAAGAACAUUGCUUUCAUGGGUACAUUGGUUAGAUCGGGUUACGGACAAGGAAUCGUCGUCGGUACAGGAGGCAACACGGAGUUUGGUGCCAUUUCUGCAUCUCUACAGCAGAUCGAAAGCCCGCGGACGCCUCUACAACUUUCCAUGGACCGUCUGGGCAAAGACCUGAGUUACAUGUCUUUUGGAGUCAUUGCCUUAAUCGGUCUGGUAGGGCUGUGGCGCGGCUGGAAGUUCAUUGAGGUCUUCCAGAUCGCUGUCUCACUCGCUGUUGCCGCUAUCCCCGAAGGACUGCCGAUUAUCGUUACUGUCACGCUUGCGCUGGGUGUGCUGAGGAUGUCCAAACGCGACGCUAUUGUUCGGAGAUUACCUAGUGUUGAGACGCUGGCUUCUGUCAAUGUCGUCUGUACUGACAAGACGGGCACGUUGACCACAAAUCAUAUGACCGUUACGAAGAUAUGGCAUUUUGACGAAGCAGCACCGAUUGACGUAAAGACGAAGCACGACUCCACGGACCUCGAUUCGCCGACCCGCAAUAUACUACGAAUUGGCAAUAUUGUCAACAAUGCCCGCUUGUUGAGCGACCAGGCAGCCUCGGCGUCCACGGCAGCGGUUCUUUCUUCGACUCUAGGAGGCGACGACAAUACAGCUGCCAAGAGCCGAUGGGUCGGUCAGCCCACCGAUGUCGCGCUCUUAGACCUGAUGGACGCUUUUGGGGAAGAUGAUAUCCGGGAAAGACUCGGCGAACGCAAGUUCGAGACACCCUUCAGCUCGGAGAGGAAGUGGAUGGGGGUCGUUGUUGGCGGUAAUUCCGGCAACCUCACCCCUGGAUCUGAACACGCAUACAUCAAAGGCGCACUGGAACGGGUUCUGGACCGCUGUGAUACGUAUGUAACGGCACAAGGGAAAGAGGUGACACUCGAUCAAGCACGCAAGCAAGAAGCGAUGAAGGCUGCCGAUGCAAUGGCGCAAGAAGGCUUACGUGUGCUCGGCUUCGCAAGCGGUGCAUCCAAAGGGAAAAAGAGGAACGCCAGUGGUACAGCCUCACCUGCACCAUCCACCAGCUCGGCACUUGGUGAUGAUGAACAGUACCGUGGUCUUGCGUUCGCUGGCUUGGUUGGCAUGAACGAUCCGCCCCGCAAGGGUGUAGAGAGAGCCAUUCGGAGACUCAUGGCCGGCAAAGUCAAGGUUAUCAUGAUCACAGGAGAUGCAGAGACCACCGCAGUCGCCAUCGGCAAGAGUCUGGGUAUGCCAAUUAUGCCAAACUCAGCACUUGGACGCUCAGUCAUUCGUGGUGACGAACUGGAUCAUAUGAGCGAGGAAGAGCUUGCACAGGCUAUUGCGACAACCUCGAUUUUUGCGCGAACUAGUCCUGAGCACAAGAUGAAGAUUGUCCGAGCACUACAAUCACGAGGCGAUGUUGUGGCAAUGACUGGUGAUGGUGUCAACGACGCGCCUGCACUCAAGAAAGCAGAUAUCGGUAUCUCCAUGGGUCGACUGGGCACGGAUGUCGCCAAAGAGGCCGCAGACAUGAUUCUGACAGAUGACAACUUUGCGACCAUCCUCAAUGCGAUCGAAGAGGGCAAGGGCAUCUUUUACAACAUCCAAAACUUCCUCACCUUCCAACUCAGCACCAGCGCGGCAGCACUGAGCUUGGUACUCCUUAGCACAUUCCUCGGCUUCCAGAAUCCGCUCAAUGCCAUGCAGAUUCUGUGGAUCAACAUCCUUAUGGACGGUCCGCCAGCACAGUCCCUCGGUGUAGAACCCGUCGACCCAGCCGUCAUGGCGCUACCUCCCCGCCCACGCCACGCCCGCGUCCUAACCCGUCCACUCAUCCAACGCGUCCUCCAAUCCGCCACCAUCAUCAUGCUCGGCACCCUCACGACCUACUACCUCGAAAUGUCCACCGACAACCUCGUCACCGCCCGCGACACAACCAUGACCUUUACCUGCUUCGUCCUCUUCGACAUGUUCAACGCACUAACGUGCCGCUCCUCCAGCAAAUCCGUUCUUGCAGGCGAGAUUGGUGUCUUCGAUAACAAGAUGUUUAAUUACGCUGUCGCGGGCAGUUUGCUCGGACAGCUGGCUGUUAUUUACUUCCCGCCGCUGCAAAGCGUUUUCCAGACUGAGGCCCUGGGUUUGGGCGAUCUCGCGCAUCUAGUUGCGGUCGCGAGUUGUGUGUUUUGGGCGGAUGAGGGGAGGAAGUGGUAUGUGAGGUGGAAGGGGCGGAGAGGGUAUGGCGGGGGGUAUAGUACUGUUGUUUGA